GAUGUCUAAUGAUAUGUGAGUCAGGCUGCAGAGAGCCCAGUUUGGACUGGUCUCAUGGGAAUAUUAGAGGGGAUGGUUCAGAGGCUCCCUCCUUCCCUCCUUCUGCUCUCUGUCCGCAGUCAGCAGCAUCUGGAGUCGGUGUGAACGGGAAUGCUUCUUUUGCAAUUUAUUAUGCAGCUUAUCUCAAAGCUGAGUUGUGAUUUUAGUAUUUAAGGGAGUGAAAUGACGGAGGUUCGUUACUGAAAGAUCCACGGAGGGGUUAAAAGUUUUUCUGAGCACUGAGUGGAGGAAAACUGUGAAGUGCAGCUGGAAUACUUGGAAAAUAUUUGGGAAUUCUGCACCUUUAACUCAAAGGAAAACCUACUUUUUUAUGCAGGAAUUAUAAAGCACCAAGUGCAAACACCAGGAUACCUGAGGAGCUCUCUUUGUUGUCUGUGCAGGAGCAUAAUGGGAAUACUGGAGUGAUUUUCCUCGGGGCGGACGGGGGUUCACCGGACACUGUGAUUUUCCCACAUAAAGCAGAUCUGAUCUGAGGGCAGAGGGGAGCUAAAUGCGGCUGACUGCCAGUGACCCUGCACCGGGAACCAUGAACAGCAGUAGCACCGGGUCUGGCAACUUUCUGCUGGUGCCCAUACCGGAGUAUCCCCUGCUGGACUGUGUGCCCAACAAGACGGUGAAGAUUGUGGUGCUGGGGGCGAGCAACGUCGGGAAAACCGCUUUGAUCGUCAGGUUUCUGACCAAGAGGUUCAUCGGAGACUAUGAAGCAAACACUGGAGCACUCUACUCCAGAAAGGUCACACUGGAUGGGGAGGAAGUGUCGCUUCAGAUCCAGGAUACUCCCUGUGUCGCUCUCCAGGAUGAUGCUGAGGGUCUGUACUGCCAGGAGCAGAUCAACAGCUGCACUUUCAGGUCAAUCUACUGGGCAGACGGUUACGUGCUGGUUUUCUCCAUCACGGACCACAACAGCUACCGGACUAUCCAGCCGCUGUACCAACACGUCAGACGUAUACACCCCUCUGGAAACAUUCCUGUCAUACUGGUUGGCAACAAGAGCGACCUGCUCAGAGCCCGACAGGUGCCAGCGGACGAAGGCGAGACGUUAGCAGCUUCACUAGGAGGAGUUUACUUUGAGGCCUCGGCAAGAGAGAACCACGAGGGAGUGCACACCGCCUUUCUACAUCUCUGUCAGGAGGUGAUCCGGGCAUUGGGAGGAGGCAACGGGGAGAAACGAAGAGGAGGCCUCCACCUGGCCAGACCCAAAUCUCCCAACAUGCAGGAGCUGAAGAGGAGGUUCAGGCAGGUCCUCUCCUCCAAAGUCAAGUCCUCAACAACUCUCUGAUCGUAGGAUGAAACUAAAAACAUCAAGAUAAGAGAGCUUCCAUGGAGAUAAAAAGAUUCUGCUCCUUUGCUGAUGGAAGGCUGAAGAAAAAUGGAAGAGGUCUCGAUAUGGAGGACUUUAAAGUUUGGGAACUGAAGCUGUUCUGUGGUGACUGAAGCAUUUUAACUUUGUCGUCUUCAGAUGGAUAAAGAUGUGAGACUGAAUGGAGGUUUCUGCAGGCUAAGCUCUUCUCUGCGUUUUGGACGGAGCUCAUGGUUAACAUGACCUCUACCCAGGAUGCUGUUCAGAAUUAACAUGUCACAGACUGCAAAACAAACAGCUCGUGUUGUCACAAACUUGUUUACCACGAAGGCAGUGAGCGUGUCGGUCCACUGACUGGGUCACUGUAAACUAAGCCGUGUCUCAGUUUUCUUGAGGCUGAAAAAUCACUCUUAAUACAUUGUGACAAAGGGAAUUUAACACGUUUUACACCUGAGAAGACAAUUUAAAGAAAAAACUGUUGUUUCUAAUGUCCUGUCAUAUAACACUGAGUCUCAUUUUACCCCCUCUUGUUACAGUUUCCUUUACUUUGAUUUUAAUUGGGAUUUUUUUUGCAACUAAACACUCAAAAGACUCAUUUUUUUAUUUGGUUCAAGAUGAGAGUAAUGCCAGAUUUCAACUUUGCCGAAACCAAAUAAAUGAAAUGCAAGUCUCCAUCCUGUCUGUUGCAGACUUAUUAAGAUAGUAGUCAGAACAGAAACAGGAAAUGACCCCGAAACGCAAGGUUCAAGGUUUUCACUGAGACAAAACGUCGGUAUUUGACAGCCGGAAGGGAAGCCUCGCAAAACAAAGUGAGGACAAACGCUGAUAUUUAUGGAAGUCAGUGCCAGUUUGCCAAUAAUAAAAUGUAAUAAUUUAAUCAAAUUUUAUUUUGCAUUUGUGAAUAAUGUAUGACAGAAUUCACAGUUAGAAUUUAAAAUCCAAUUUUGAAAAUACAUAAUUACUGCCAAAAUAAAAAUGUAAAUGGAACUUGCAUAUUGAUAACAAAAUUUUAUGUAAAAUUUAUAUUUCAUUUGCACUUUAAAGUUGCGUAUAAUAUGUAGCCUAAACUUCAAAUUGGCACUUAACUGCUGCACUUAAAUUUAAAUAAUGUUCUUUUCAAUCAUUUAUUGUGAAAAUUAAAGUUUUUAUUAUGUCAGGAUACCUUGUACCAUCAGAACUUGAUAAAGUUUUCUUCAGUAUCAAAGUAAUCCAGAGAUAGCAAUAGCUGUCUGUACAUUGAAUUUGCACUGCAAGCAGGAAAUGCCAAUAGCUAAUUCAGCAUACUUUUAAAGGUGCCAUCUUUUCAGAAUAUAACAAAUAUAUGCUAAAAAAAACACAGAUGUCAACAUUUUUUUAAGUGCCCAAUUUUGAAAACCUCUGUCAUUAUUAAACUCACCAUAAAAAUG